UUUUUUUCUCUCUCUCUAAAACCCUCUUCCUCUGUUUGUUUUUCUCUCUCUCUAUCACUAAACCCACAAACCCAAUUAAUCUCCCCAAGAAUCUUCCCUCAAAUCUCACUUUCAUUUUCCAUAUCUUUUCAAGGUGAAGGACAUCCAGAUCUGCAGCUUUAAAACUUUUACCUUUUUAGUUUUAUAAGAUGACAAAUAGACCACCUCCGCAGAUGAUGAUGAAUAAGCCUCCACAGGAUGAUUAUUCUCUCAAAGAGACCAAACCCCAUCUUGGUGGUAGUAAAGUCACCGGUGAUAAGCUCACGAGCACCUAUGACCUUGUGGAACAAAUGCAGUACUUGUAUGUUCGUGUGGUUAAAGCCAAAGAUUUACCUGCAAAGGAUCUAACCGGUAGCUGUGACCCGUAUGUUGAGGUCCGGAUGGGAAACUACAAGGGCACAACCCGCCAUUUUGAGAAAAAAACUAACCCUGAAUGGAACCAGGUAUUUGCAUUCUCUAAAGACCGAAUUCAGUCAACUAUGCUUGAGGUUACGAUCAAAGAUAAAGAUGUCCUAAAAGAUGAUUUUAUUGGUGGGGUUUUAUUUGAUCUUAACGAAGUCCCGAAGCGGGUCCCACCUGAUAGCCCGCUAGCCCCGCAGUGGUAUAAGUUAGUAGACCGAAAAGGGGACAAGCUGAAAGGUGAGCUUAUGUUAGCAGUUUGGUGGGGUACACAAGCAGAUGAAGCGUUCCCUGAAGCCUGGCAUUCGGAUGCUGCAGCCGUUAGCGCAGACGGCCUUGCUAGUAUUCGGUCAAAAGUGUAUUUAUCUCCUAAACUUUGGUAUCUAAGAGUUAAUGUAAUCGAAGCCCAGGAUUUGAUGCCAAAUGAUAAAACUCGGUUUCCAGAAGUUUAUGUAAAAGCCAUCCUUGGGAAUCAGAUUGUAAGGUCUCGGGUUUCCGUUAGCAAGACUAUAAACCCGGUAUGGAAUGAGGAUAUGAUGUUGGUGGCAUCAGAACCAUUUGAAGAACCAUUGAUUUUGAGCGUAGAGGAUCGGGUCGGGCCAAAUAAAGAUGAUACUCUGGGAAGGUGUGCAAUCCCAUUACAGUAUGUGGACAGGAGGUUAGAUCAUAAAGCGAUUAAUGCACGUUGGUUUAAUCUUGAAAAACAUGUAAUGGUUGAAGGUGAAAAGAAAAAGGAAGUUAAGUUUGCUAGCCGGAUUCACAUGCGGGUUUGCUUAGAAGGCGGUUAUCAUGUUCUUGAUGAAUCGACCCAUUAUAGUAGUGAUCUUAGACCCACAGCUAAGCAGUUAUGGAAAAGUAGUAUUGGGGUACUGGAGGUGGGAAUCUUAAGUGCUAAUGGGCUGUCACCAAUGAAAACGAAAGAUGGAAGAGCGACUACUGAUGCUUAUUGUGUUGCGAAAUAUGGAACAAAAUGGGUCAGAACCCGAACCAUAAUUGAUAGCUUUACACCCAAAUGGAACGAGCAAUACACUUGGGAAGUUUUCGACCCGUGUACUGUUAUUACAAUUGGAGUUUUCGAUAAUUGUCAUUUACAAGGUGGAGGAGACAAACCCGGCGGAGCUCGAGAUUCGAGGAUUGGGAAGGUUCGGAUUCGGCUCUCAACUCUUGAAACCGACCGUGUUUACACCCAUUCGUACCCGCUUCUGGUUUUGCACCCAUCUGGGGUUAAAAAAAUGGGUGAGAUCCAUUUAGCAGUGCGGUUUACGUGCUCAUCUCUAAUAAACAUGAUGCAUAUGUACUCACAACCCUUAUUACCCAAAAUGCAUUACAUUCACCCGUUAACCAUCAGCCAGCUUGAUAGCUUGAGGCACCAGGCUACACAGAUUGUGUCAAUGAGGUUGGGCCGGGCUGAACCACCAUUACGGAAGGAGAUUGUGGAGUAUAUGCUUGAUAUUAGUUCUCAUAUGUGGAGUAUGAGAAGAAGUAAAGCUAAUUUCUUGAGAAUCAUGUCGGUUUUAGGCUCACUGAUUGCAAUUGGAAAAUGGUUUGACCAGAUUUGCAAUUGGAAAAACCCGAUCACCACCGUGCUCAUUCACGUCCUAUUUGUGAUACUCGUUCUAUACCCUGAGCUUAUCCUGCCCACGAUUUUUCUUUACCUUUUCUUGAUUGGAAUCUGGUACUACAGAUGGAAACCAAGAAACCCGCCCCAUAUGGACACUCGACUUUCUUGUGCAGAUAAUGCUCACCCAGAUGAACUAGAUGAAGAAUUUGACACGUUUCCAACUUCCCGAAACCCUGACCUCGUCCGUAUGCGGUACGAUCGGUUGAGAAGUGUUGCUGGGAGGAUGCAGACAGUGGUAGGUGAUUUGGCCACCCAGGGAGAGCGGUUUCAGUCUUUGAUCAGCUGGAGAGACCCAAGAGCUACUGCACUCUUUGUGAUAUUCUGUUUACUGUUUGCAAUCUUACUUUACGUGACGCCUUUUCAGGUUAUCGCACUUUUCACAGGCUUCUAUGUUUUACGUCACCCAAGAUUCCGUCGCAAGUUGCCUUCUGUGCCACUCAGCUUCUUCAGAAGAUUACCUGCAAGAACCGACUGCAUGCUAUGAGCCAAAAGACUACAACAAUUACCCAAGUUUUAUCAAGACUUGCAUGUCCGUGUAAAAAAGGUCGCCUUUUAUCUUAGCAUGAUGUUUAAUAUGUAUGUUCAGACUGUAUUUUGUGGAUCUCGUGGUUCGUUACUUAGCUUCGUAGGUUUCAGUUCUAUUCGAAUCUAUACAUGGUCACAUGUACUAAGAAUUUGCUUAUGUUUUCUUGAUCAAGAUGAUGCAAAUUUUAUUUUGGGAUGUAAUGCAAAUUUUGAUCUUGGAAUUGAA